UAUUGGCGGAAUUUGCCGAAUGAGCGAGCGAGUACAAGUUGAGAAAGAAGGCGAAGAAACUAAAAAUCUGUCGUUCACUUUAGUGAUGUAAAUUUUGAAAAUUUAACAAAAUGGUAUUGUAAAAGCGUAAUUGGACUGUAGUAUUUUCAUUUUAACUAUAUCAUAGUGAUAUUGUUUUGACUAUUUAACCUAUAACGUUGUCGAUCAUCGGUAAAGUGAGAGAGUUCAGUGCGAGUGCAAGGGUGGUAGUAACGAGAAAUGUGAAGUAUCUAUGAAGUUCAGGAUUUUAAGGCCGUUUAUUUUAUACCUUUAAUAAUGAGCGGACGCCCUAGGACCACGUCGUUCGCCGAGGGCAGCAAAUCCGUUCGAAAAACAUUCGAUAAUCAACCACCGAAACCACCACCUUUAGGAGGCGUAAAAAUUAGCAGCGACGUGGACACUCCUAAAAAAACCGAGCUGGCUACGGAUAAGAAGGCUGCCUCCUCGCAUCGCAAGGACGGCUCGAAGGUGACGACUGUGGUGGCAACGCCGGGCCAGGGCCCGGAUCGGCCACAAGAAGUUAGUUAUGCUGACAUGAAGCUCAUCGGAAACGGCAGUUUCGGUGUCGUUUACCAGGCCAAAUUAUGUGACACUGGCGAACUUAUUGCUAUUAAAAAGGUGCUCCAGGACAAAAGGUUUAAGAAUCGAGAGCUUCAAAUCAUGCGACGAUUGGAACAUUGUAAUAUUGUCAAAUUGAAAUACUUCUUUUAUUCUAGUGGAGAAAAGGCGGCAGUGCCCGCAGCAGUGAGCGCAAUGUUAAACGCAAUGCAGUCUCUUGAAGUCGAAAAGGAUGAAGUGUACCUGAAUUUGGUGCUGGAGUAUAUACCAGAGACUGUGUAUAAAGUGGCACGUCACUACUCCAGAGAUGAACAAACCAUACCCAUUAGUUUUAUAAAGCUGUAUAUGUACCAGUUGUUCAGAAGCCUCGCAUACAUCCAUUCGCUGGGCAUCUGCCACCGGGACAUAAAACCACAAAACCUACUCCUAGACCCGAAGACAGGCGUGCUCAAGCUAUGUGACUUCGGUUCGGCGAAGCAUCUUGUACGCGGGGAACCCAACGUUUCCUACAUAUGCUCGCGAUAUUACCGCGCUCCUGAACUCAUUUUUGGCGCCAUAGAUUAUACCACUAAAAUUGAUGUCUGGAGCGCAGGAUGUGUUGUAGCAGAAUUACUUUUGGGUCAACCGAUAUUCCCGGGCGACUCUGGUGUUGAUCAAUUGGUGGAGAUAAUCAAGGUUCUAGGCACGCCUACACGAGAACAAAUCCGAGAAAUGAAUCCGAACUAUACAGAAUUCAAGUUUCCCCAAAUCAAGAGUCACCCUUGGGCAAAGGUGUUCCGCGCGUGCACACCGCCGGACGCGAUCUCGCUGGUGUCGCGGCUGCUAGAGUAUACGCCGGGCGCGCGACUGUCGCCGCUGCAGGCGUGCGCGCACAGCUUCUUCGAUGAACUACGUGAGCCGGCAGCGCGUCUGCCCAACGGGCGCUCGUUACCGCCACUCUUCAACUUCACCGAGUACGAGCUCGCCAUCCAGCCCUCGCUCAACGACUUCCUGAAGCCGCGCGCCGCGCCCGCCGCCGAGCACGCGCACGACGCGCCCGCCGCUGGCGCCUCCGCCGCGCCGCCGCCCGACCACGACGCGCAAGGCGAGAGCGCGGCGAGCGGGCCCAGUGGCGGGUCCCCGGGCGCUUCGUAGGCGGCGCGCGCGCCGGCCGGCGCCCGGACGGCCGGACGGUCCGGAUGGCCGGCUCUGGACGGUCCCGGACGGCCCGGCCGCCCCGCGCCCGCACCUCGCGCCUGCAUUUACGGCGGCGGCGCCUGCCGAGCCGCUCGCUUCGCUCCGCCGCCGCGGACGGCUGCCGACAUCGGACCUCUCCGACUCCGAGUUUAGAUUGAGAGUCACUCGUAUGCUAUUUAGUGAUAGUCCUUUUCGUGUUGGCCAUCGGGAAAAAUUAAAUGCAUAAUAGGUGUUUCGGCGAGUAAUCGUGUGAUACUGUAGUGUAAUUGUCGAUAAAGCUUGAGCUGUCGUAGUCGGUAAGAAGGGUAAAUCCAUUAUAGAGUCUAAACCGUCGCGAUGUGAUUACUUUGUACUUUUGUAAGCUCAAAUUGUCUUUUUAUGUACAUACCUUAAAUACUGUUUUUAAAAAAUAUUGUUUAUUUGGUAAACGACAGAUAACUAUCUGGAAAAAAUUCUUUCUUUCACUUUGUAAUAUUUACUAAUAUAACAAUUUUUUGAAUUAUUUGCUUUUAACUGUGUAGCCCAUAAUUCUUCGAGACGAUGUUGCAUUAGACAAAAAGAGGUAGUCACAUGUUUGUUUCACGUGAAUCACCUAUUGAGAGAUAGCCACAUGAUACUGUAGUAAGGAACGUAACCUUGCUUGGGCAGUGUAAUCAGUAGGGAAGACAUAUUCAGUAGUGCAUUAGCGUAUUUAUUGUUGGAACGUAUCACUAUGAGACGUACGCCUAGUGUUAUUUCAACGAUGAAAAUUAGCAAACAGAGCAUUAUUUGCAUUCAUAGAGAGCAUACUUGUAAAUUUUUAUAACUAGUGUAAACUGAUCUCUCAAGAUAAUUUAUAAUAUUUAACAAUAUCACAAAAUAUUAUCUAUUUGUAUAAACAAUUCAGAGAAUAUAAAUUUCUAGAUAUACAUUAUUAGAUAUUUAUUUUCUCGGCAACUUCUUUGUUAUUAAACAUUUUAUUGCGGUGUACCUCGUCUUAUCCAGUGCUGGAUAAAUGUAAUGUAUUUAAUAGCACUGUCAGUGUCCUAAUGUAACAACAUAGUUUUUCGAUAAUAUUGUAUUCUAUAUUCAAUAAAUGAUAUUUCUAUUAUAUAAAAUAAAAUUUGUCAUUGAGAACACUAUUAUUAGUAGUCAUUUAUGAAAACAAUGUUAAAAUAAUGAUAUAAAUUUCAUUGUCAUAGUUUUAAGUAUUCAAGUAAUUUCAUUUUGCACUUCAAUUUGGCAUACAGUUCCAAAUUAGGCGAAGGUAUUUAAAUCUUUAAUUGUAGACUAACGAAAUCUUUUUUAAUGGUGUAGAAGUAGCCUAAACGCAUGACCUUAUUGGUAUUAAUAACCAUUACCUCUUGCACCGUUUUUUAGUAUGCGACUUUUUAAAAAUGUGGCAGCUGAGGAUGUUUUGAUAAAGAGGGGAAUCUACUCAUCGCUUACACCAGUCAGUGCUGAUGGAUGAUGACGUUAUCGUAGUUAUUAUUUUAUUAUAUGUGAAUUAGUAAUAUGCAAUAACGAAAUUAUUAAUCCUAAUCUAUUUUUAGUAUCUGUCGUGACAUGGACAACUAGUUAGUUCUCGGUGACCCCUCAAUGAAAUUAAAUGAUAGAAAUGUGGUGUGCACAAAUGAUCACACUUCAAUUCAUAUUCAUACCCAUAUCAUUGUCAAUCAUACUAAAUAUAAUUGAUUUUUAACGAUCUUGAUGAGAGAAUAUACGAGCAGCAAAUAUUGCUCUUUUAAAAUAUAUAAUUUUAGAAAAAGAAAUAUUUAAGUUCUAUUUCUUUGAUUGGAUUUAAUUUUUUUACUAUUACAAUUAUUCUGUAAUAAUAUUCCUACAUGUAUUACGCUAAAGCCCCGAAUGCUAAAUAUAUUUAUUAUACAUUAUUAUGUAUUACAAUUAUGUACCUAUGUACUAUUUACGUAUAAAUUAUUGUAUGUUAAGUGCGCUCGGCGCACCGAUUUGAAAUCACAUAGUGGAGCUUAGUUAUCGUCGUUAAGGCUAUUCGUUUGCUGACACACCUUUAUAAUUCGUGUAAAUAUAUUAUUAUAAUUAUCUUUAUGGCAUGACUCUGAGUAACGUUUAUCGAUAAUUGUAUAUCGACUAGCGGUUAGUGGACGACCUCUUGCACUAGCGCAGUUGUCAGUUCGCUCCGCUUGCAGUCUGAGGCAGACUGCGGCCUGGGGCUCCGCUGCGGACUCAGUAAGGGACACGGUAGUUUAGAUAUGCAUAUUUUUAUUAAGUCUAUCUAAUAUAAAUUUUGUAAUCGACGUUGCUUCUAAAGACCUUCUGUGUAAAAAGUUAUAAAACAUACUAGUGACCUGAACGUGUGAAGCGAUGUUUAUGAACGUCUCUAUCCCACUGAAUUCUCACUUUCACGAUUUGCGUGCACAUUUCUACAUGAGAAUUUCCCAUAAAAUACAUAGUUCGAAAUGGGGUUAUGACUUAUAAAUUAUUUAAAGUAAAAAGAGUUUCUUAUUACUAUUACUUGUAAUGUUAAAUUUAAUAGUGAGUGAAAUUUGUAUUUGUUUUAAUAUUUGUUUUACUGAAUUUGAAUACAUCAUAACACCCAUAUCGUUGUUAGUUAUGAAUGAAAAUAACCUAAUUAUAAAAGUAAAUAUUAAAUGAAUAGUAAA